GACAGUUACGUUUUUAUAUUUCAUCUGAAGUGAUUUCAUGUCAAAUGUCUGGUCGUAUCUACUCUGCACUGUAUUCCAAAAUAGCAAAUCAACAGAAAUCUUCAGAGGAUGCUGUUUCAUUACCUGAACCAUUACUCAGUUUUCUAAAGUCAAGCAAUACAGAUGGAUCACAGAACUCUCCUGAUGAAUCUACAACUUCCUCUGAAAUCGAGGCGCGAGGUCGUCUUACGUCUUGGUUCUAUCAAGCUGAUACCGACCCUCUAAUGCUUAAAGGGAUGUCUCGACGACAGCGCCUUAUGGGGUUUUUCUUAUGCCUUCUUUCAGCAUCGUUGUGUCUUUGUUUGGCGAUGGUUUUUUUGCCAGUUAUUGCAACACCUUUUGGUAUGCGUAAAUACGUACUAUUACAUACACUUGGUAGUAUUUUAUUAAUCGGGAGUUUUUCAUUUCUUUGGGGUCCGUGGAAUCACAUUAAGGGCUUAUUUAGUACCGAGCGCCUGUUUUUUACUCUGAGCUAUUUGGUCAGCUUAUUUGGUGGUUUAUAUGCUGUGAUUGUAUGGCAGAGUGCUGUAUUUUCAGCUUUGGCUCUGAUUUCUCAAAUUUGUUUAGUUGUAUGGCAAAUUAUUAUUGCUAUACCUGGAGGCGCAACUGGUUUGACCACUCUCUUACGUGGCAGUUUGUGGACAGUAAAAGGAAUUUCUAAAGGUCUUCCUAUCUAGUUUUUUUUGCGCUACAUAUUGCUCUCUGUAAAAAAGGUUGGAGUAUUUUUAAAACCAUCCUGUUGAGGUGAUUUAUGCUGGCCUCACCACUAGAUUAUAUUGACUUUUCGAAGACCGUUUGAAUAAUAAUUUCUUAUGUUCAAUACCAUACUCGCUUUGUUCAAUUAAAACAAAAGGGUGAAUUUAUAAGGGACGAAACCGUUGGUUAAAUUUUUUUUAAUGAAUCUGUUACGGGUAGGCGUUUAAAUAGUCACAUCAAUCGAUUGUUAUGAUUAUCGUUUGUUGGGUAGUGCUAGCUGUUCGAAACCCGAUCUGGCAAAUUCGUCCACUGACUGUUAGGAUCUGCAACAGAAAAGACAAUGACAUUCCCUUUAUUGUAUCUGUGACACCACAGUUUACUUGUAAUCGGUGAUCUUAUUUUUCUCGAUUAUUCUGGAGUACAGAUGUGUACAGUCUGUCAAACAAUAUAAAUUUCUGAACAUGAUAGUUCUGCUUCACUCAUUAAAGUGAGUUGUAGGAUAGUUGCAAUAUUUGAAUAAAUAAAAGUGCAAAUAUGUUAACUGAGAUGCAGUGAUGUGUCUACAAUUCGAUAUCCCGGUGUUUGACUGUUACAAGAAUGCUGCGAUAUUCAGUAAAAUGAAAAAAACAUGGAAACAAGCUGCUUUCAAUGACAACAUUCCCGUGAACUCCGGUGUCAUUUAUUUUACAGUACUGCAGUUUGCCGAUAGAUAGUUUUCAAGUAUUUUCUA